AGAAUAUUAGUUCGAAGGGUACUGGUUGCGAGUUUCAGAUAUGUAUAAAGGAAGUAUGGCAAAAGGAUGGUCCAAACACAUGGGUCAUGGUGGGAGUGACAAGUCGUGAAACCUGAGCUAAUAGAGGGUUUUACAACCAUGAAAAGGUGUUGUAUCCAGAACAUCACCGACACAACAAACAGUUUAGUGAGGCUGAAAAAGAGAGGUUAAGAUUAAUGAGGAAGGCGGGGGUGAGACCAAAUCAGCAGAAGACGACACUCAAUACUGAAGGGGGUGUGCAUCAUGAUAUCAAACAGAUGUACAACAUAAAUUCCAAGACAAGAUUGGAUGAGAUGGGUGAAAUGGAUGCGAUACAGUUUGCGCUUCACGGAGCUGAACAUCGUGGGUACCAUAUCUGUUUGCAAAAGGACUCUAAUAAUGUGCUCACUAAUCUAUUUUUUGCGCACCCGACGUCCAUUCAGAUGUUGCAUGCAUGGCCGUACGUCAUCCUCAUUGACUCGACCUACAAGACCAACAGGUACGGCUGGCCAUGGGUUGAGAUUAUUGGGGUUACUCCAGUGAAGAAGAAUUUCAACAUUGCAUGUGCAAUUAUUAAGCAGGAAACAAAGGAAACAUAUGAGUGGCUACUGCGAUGUAUUAAAGGGUUGCUCGGUGAUACGGUUCCGAAUGUCAUUGUGACAGACAAAGAAGGUGGUUUGCUUGCUUCUAUUCCUGUGGUCUUCCCUCUCCCACAUACUGUCCACCUACUAUGUUUAUGGCACGUCAACAACUGCGUGAAGCAAAAGUUUGAAGUGUUACUUGGUGGAAUUGCAAAAAGAGAGGUAGCACAUGCGGUAUGGAAGAAAUAUUUCGACAAAGCUGCAUGGAGUUGGACUCAGGAGGGUUUUCUUCAAAAGAUUAAUGAGUUUGAGAGGGUCUGGACAGUGAAGAACAAAAAAAUGGUCGACUACGUGCGAGGUGAGUGGUUGCCUCAUCAGACAAUGUGGGCAAUGUGCUUUUUCCAGAGCCCCCCAGGGCAAUAUUCUUACCCUUACAUCGAUGAGCUUUUUCCAGAGUUUGUUCGACCUUUGCUGGUAGGCGAUUUCAACCCUAGUCCAGAUGGCCAUUGUGGUUUUAGGGCACUUUCUCAUUGUAUUUAUGGGGAUGAUAGUCACUAUCUGCUCAUGAGAUCGACGAUUGUCCAAGAAAUCCAACAACAUUUUUGGAAGUACGAGAACUUGUAUAAUGGUGGUCCACUAGCUCACAUUGACCGCAUCAAUUGGCUCGAGGCGGGUCACGCACCACCGGGGCGAUGGAUGGAUUCUGAGGACUUGUUCGUGUUUGCCACCAUCUACAACAUCGCAGUCAUGGUCUUCACAUACCAGGUGUUUGAUGUCAAUAAUGGAAACCGUCCACUACCCAACCGCUACGAUGAUGCCUAUACUGUAUUUCCUAUUGAUGCGGACCCAGGUACUUUGCCACCAACCAUGUUCUUAUCACUGCACUAUGUGAACAACCACUACAUUCGAUUGUACUUCAACCAGAAUCAGUUUCCUAUACCCCCUUUGCAUCCACUUUGGAAUGGGAUCGCAAAUCCUAAUGUGGCGGAGUGGGGAGCUAUUCUCGAGGUUGGACAGAAUUUGUUUGCGAGCCUUGGUGGUCGGCAGCGAGCACGGCAGAGAGACCCCCGAAGAGCUAGGGGAAGGGGUAGGGGUAGGAGCAAUGCAUAGUGUUGCAAUACUCUAUUUAUAUGUUG